AUGGCCUCGAAUCUGGAUCCCAGUGUUCUCAAUAGCAUAUCCGCCGGCUCUGCUCAGACGUCACCUGAAUACAGGCAAUGUACGCUCCAGCAAUCAAGAACGCUUUGCGAAGAAUGGAAAAACUGGACCAGCAGGGACCGUGGGGUAGGGCGGAAGGCGCAGGUUCGAACAGAGGGAAAGAAGGAGUAA